AUGCAGGAUAUACAUUCGUUUGAGAGCAGCGGCGGAGGAGGUGCGUUGUUCGCCGGAGGAGGAGACAGGAGGUAUCGGCACCACCACCAGGAUUUGAAGUGUCCACGUUGCGACUCUUCAAACACAAAAUUCUGUUACUACAACAACUACAACCUGUCUCAGCCACGCCACUUCUGCAAAAGUUGCCGGCGAUACUGGACAAAAGGCGGUGUACUCCGCAACGUUCCCGUUGGAGGCGGCAUCCGUAAAGCCAAGCGCUCAAGCAAGCCAAAAUCUAAGAUUAGUAUCCCUUGCUCCGACGCCGUCGCCGCCGAGCGCAAGUCUUCGAAUUCAGAAAACUCAAGCAGCGACAGCUCAACGCCGCAUAGAACAGCAACAACAACGACGAGUAUUACCACGACGGAUGCCUCAGGGAGUAAUUCUACAAACUCAACCCCGGCGAUGAUGCUUAAUUUUAAUGAAUCAUCCAGACGAUUCUUCAAUAUCCCUCAGUCUUCUACUCCAAUCACUACCUUCGAUCCUAUAAUGGUGAACCAACCAUCAGCUGGAAACAUGUCAUCGGAGAUUGGGGCGUUUACCAACAUGAUGACCUCAUCGACGGAUCAGUUAUCCGGCAUUCCAUCCUUCCAGUUGCAGCAGAAGAACACAGAGGAUGUCGUUGGGAAUCAUAACUGUAACCAGAUUCAAUGGACGGUGGAAACAGCGGGGUUCAUGGACCAGGCGGCGGACAUUGAGUUAUCCAUUUAUGGAAACAGGAGAAACAACGGUGGAAUUGCAGGGAUAGAAAAUUGGCAACACAGUACAGAUGAAGGUCUGUUUGAUCUAACAGGAAACUUAGAUCAAUCUUACUGGAAUCAAAAUCAUUGGAAGGAUGACGACCAUAACCAGUAUCAUCUUAAUUACAUUCCUUAA